AUGACGAACCUUCUCCACCUCCUCGCCCUCACCCUCGCCGCAGCGGGCACCACAACCGCCCACAUGCAGAUGAGCUACCCACCCCCCCUCAAAUCCCAAAGCAACCCCAACACCGGCCCCAGCGGCGCCGACUACAGCAUGACCUCCCCCUUGAAAGCCGACGGCUCCGACUUCCCCUGCAAGGGCUACCUCCCCUUACUGCACACCCCACAAGGCCGGGCCGUGGCCUCCUGGACCCCCGGCCAGACCUACAACUUCACCAUCACGGGCGGGGCGGCUCACGGCGGCGGGUCGUGCCAGGCGGCCAUCUCCGUAGACGGCGGCGCGUCGUUCCGCGUGGUGCAUAGCUACGAGGGGGGCUGUCCCGGGCAGGGCGAGAGCUCGUUCCAGUUUGUGGUGCCGGGGGAUACGCCAAGGACGGAGGGGGCGGUGUUUGCGUGGACGUGGUUUAAUCAUCUGGGGAAUCGGGAGAUGUAUAUGAAUUGUGCGGUGGUGGAUAUUGUGGGUGGGGGUGGUGGUGCGGGAGGGAGCAGUGCGAAGGUGGCGUUUGCGAGUCGGCCGGGGUUGUUUACGGCGAAUAUUGGGAAUGGGUGCCAGACGGUUGAUUCGGCGGAUGUUAAGUUUCCGGAUCCGGGCCCGGAUGUGGACUCGGGUGCGGGUGCGACGCCGCCGACGGGGAGUUGUGGUGGUGGUGCUGCUUCGGGUGGUGGUCGUGGCAGCGGUUCUGCUCCCACUCCUCCUUCCACCCAAGUCGUCCCUCCUUGUGCUUCAACAACUUCGGCCAAGCCUAUGGUUACGGUUGGUGAGUGCGAAUCUGAGCCGAACCCGACUCAGAUGCCCGGUACUGACGGCUCUGCUACAGGAUACACACCCGGCAACGACUGGCCUGACUGGUUCCAGUCUAACGCUCCCGAAGCCUUGGGCCCUGUCUAUCUGAUUGUAUCCGCUUGGAUGAUGCUAGUUGCAUAUCUGCUGGCUUGA